AUGGCGGUCGAAUCCACUACACAGCCGCGCGGGGAACCGUGCUCGCGUCAGGCAAGCAGCAGCCAGGCGAGCGGCAGCGUAUCGCGGAAGGGCUCGACGGCGGGGAGGUCAAGAGUGCUGGAUGAGCGUAUGAUUGGGCAGUGGAGGAUAGGACGGACGAUUGGCAAGGGUUCAUCUGGCCGCGUCAAGAUCGCCAAACACGCCAUCACCGGCAAAUAUGCCGCCAUCAAAAUCGUACCUAAAGGCCUCAUUAUCUCGUCUCGCAUGUCUGUCUCGGAGGCCGGCGCAAGGGCGGACAAGGUACUGUUGGGGAUCGAGCGGGAGAUCGUCAUCAUGAAGCUUAUCGACCACCCAAACGUGCUCAACCUUUACGACGUGUGGGAGACUUCUUCGGAGCUCUAUCUCAUCAUGGAGUACGUCCCCGGGGGAGAGCUUUUCGACUACCUUGUCAAACGCGGCCGCCUUCCCGUCUCCGAGGCGCUUCACUACUUCCAGCAAAUCAUUCACGCCGUCGAUUACUGCCACCGCUUCAACAUCUGCCACCGAGAUCUCAAGCCCGAGAACCUCUUGCUCGAUAAGGACAAGAACAUCAAGGUGGCCGACUUUGGUAUGGCUGCCUGGGAAGCUGGGGAGCGGAUGUUAGAGACUAGCUGCGGAAGUCCUCAUUACGCGUCGCCCGAGAUCGUUGCUGGCAAGGCAUACCACGGUUCAUCGUCCGAUAUCUGGUCAUGCGGUAUCAUUCUCUUCGCCCUCCUCACCGGCCGUCUUCCCUUCGACGACGACAAUAUCCGCUCGCUCCUGCAGAAGGUGAAGGUCGGGGUAUUUGAGAUGCCGGAUGAGAUCAAGGGGCCCGCUCGGGACCUCUUGUUCAAGAUGCUGGAAAAGGACCCGGAGAAGCGUAUCCUUAUGCCCGAUAUCCUCUCACAUCCCUUCUUCGUCUCCCGCUCGCCUCGCCCCAUCCCCGGCCGGUCUCUUGUCUCCCCUCCCAGUCUGGAUGAGGUCGACAGUCCCGUCAGCUCGGCGGACGAGAUCGACGAGGACAUCAUGAGCAACCUCAAGACCCUCUGGUCUGGUGCGGCGGAUGACGAGAUUGUCGCGGCUCUGAUGAGCAAGGACAAGACGUGGGAGAAGGCGAUCUAUCACUUGCUCGUCAAGUACCGCAACAAGCACCUCGAGAACUACAACAUGGAGGAGGAGGAUGACGAGGCGACCCAGACCCGCCGUGCCGCUCGCAAAGCUGUCACUUCGUCCUCCCCGCCCAAGCGCAAGGGUACCGCACCUAAACGCGCUCCUCUCGGCGAGAAUGAAACACUCCAGGACUCGGUGACCACUACACCCGUCCAGCGACCCCAGGCGCCAACACCCAAGAAGGCGUCCGCUCAGCCAGAGUACGAGUCGCCCGUCCCCAAUCGCCCACAGAGCAAAGUCGCUUCCCGUCCCGUCAUGGGUCCUCGUCCUCCAAUGACCAGGGGUAAUACGGCUGCUUCGGACGUCACAUCUCCUGUGCAUGGCACCCCAUCCAUUGUCCUCCAGGAGGCUACGCCCACCAAGGACAUGCUACCACCCAAAAUUAUCCCCUCUCGCCCACAGUCGGUUGUCUCAACGGCGCCUCCUCCCGCUACCGAAGCGCAACUCGCCGCCCUCAACGUCCCACAGGUCAAGGAUGAGCAGCUCCAGCACUUCUUUAAUGAGGUCGCUGCUCAGCUCAACACCAUGAACAUCCGGUCAUCGGUCGCUUCGGGCUCGUCCAGCUCGUCAGCCAUCAUGGGCAGCGACUACCAGGCGUACCUCUCAUACCUCGGGGCGGGCGGCAUCGGCGUUCCACCACAGGAGUCGGCGGGAACGGAGACCAUGGUGGACUCCAACCAGUUCGCUGAUGCGGAUGAUGACGAGACCGAGGCGGCCAGCAUCCACAGCAUGGCCAUGUCCAUCGUGCCUCAGCACUCCCCUCUCGUCGGUCUCGGGCUCGGCGGCCCGCCCCUCGGACAUGGCGCACGGCCCGCACUGCACCCCUCCCCGGCGGUCAACACCAACCGAUGGUCGUACGCCUCGUCCAAUGGCUCGUCGUACCGCGGUCCAUCGGCAUCCUCCUAUCCCCCACAGUCACCAAGUCCAUCCAUCAACCCGCAAGGCAUCAUGUGGGCCGAUCCCAAUCCCGCCCCAACUCCUCACACCCAGGUCAUGUUCGCUCAGCGUGCCCCUCCUCCUCCUCCCGCAGCUCGCGUGGCCACCCGUGCAGCUCCCGCACCACCACGACCCAUCAGCACCGUCUCUACCGGCGGCGAGCUUACUCGCGAUGGCUCUUUCAUCAUCAUCAACCACGCCGAUACUCCGUCGGUCGACCAGGCAUCGUUCGCCUCUCGCCAGUCUCAGGCCAGUUCAGGCUUCAGCGCACAUCGCCAGGACGCCUUUGGCAUGCUCAAGAAGAAGAAGAAGGUCACUAUCGACCCGGUCGCAUACUCUCCUUCUCAGUCCGGCCCACAGACCGGCGGAUCCAGCGCUGGCCCUAGCUCGGGCAGUCGCAGUGACUCCAGCCCCAAACGGAGCUGGUUUAACAACCUGUUCUCGUUCAAGCCGGCGCCAGCUACACUUCUCAGCCAUGCCAACAUCGGGGAUACGAGGGACGCGGUCAAGAGGACGCUGGCAGAACUUGGGGUCCGAGUCGCGGUCGUCGAGAUUGACGGACUGAGGGGUCUCAAGUGCAAGUUUGACGACAUCAAGGACUCGGCUGGAAACAUCAACAUCAAGGGAGUUCGUUUCCGUGUAGAGUUUGCGAGGUCAAACGCAGCCACAACUGGCGGGAACUACAACACUCUUGUGUCACUCGCAUUGGAGAAGGGCGCACAAUCUUCUUUCAGGAAUAUCUUCAACUCCCUGAAAGCCUCCAUCGAGGAGGAUGCAGCCGCGCCAACACCUAUCAUCCGCCGCCCGCCGCCACCUAUCCAAAUCCACUCUUACGUCCACCCCCAGAAUGAGCCUCACCCUGCCCGGGCACCCAUGUCGGCCACCAUCAGCGGUCCCGCGUCGCGCCAAAUGCUAUCGGCGCCACCAGUACGAUGGACGCAUUCUGCCCCCACAUCACCCAACAUGCCUUCGACACCUCGCUUUGAUGCUUCUCCGCAACCACCUCGGUCUUCACAACUUGCUCCGGCCAUCCGCUUCUAG